CCCAUGCACUGAGGCCCAGGCCAGGGCCCAGCUGGCGGCGUGAUGGGGGGUUGGAGGAGGGAGGGCAACACGGGCUGCCCAUCUGCUCUCUGGGCUUCCCUGUGAGUCCCAGCGGUCCUGGCCCCCAGCUCCACCCAACCCCUGGCCUCAGUGACUUGCUGCUCCAGAAUCGAGCUGGGUCCGAACCCCACCCUCACCCCCACUGUGUGUCCAGCACCCCACACUCAGCCCCCAGUAUCAGGCCAGGCCUGAGAUGCUCUGGAAGCUUCCCAGCUCAUCUCUUGAAGCUGUGACAUCCUGGCUUCCCCAGAAAGGACGCCUGCAGCCCCACCCACACCAUCUGACAGACCACCCUGCCCAGCAGAGAGGUUUCCAGAAUCACAUCCACCUCUGAUUCUGGCUCAUCUUUGAGAAAACUGAACCGGGAUCUGGGUCAGGCUGCAGGGAGAAGAUGGCAGGUGCCUGGUAGGAGAGAGCAGAACUUGCUGGCCUCAAGAGUGUUCUGUCUUGUGGAAUGAGGUUCAGGUGCCGGGCCCUGGGUGUGGUGCAGAGGCGGCCCCACCCCAGAGCUGACCACUGUUCCCCACUGAGCCUGCCCGCAUGCCCAGGAGCCUUCCUGCCAUGAUGGACAAGAGGCAAUUUUGUGAAAUUUUACAGUUUCAUCAGCUGAAAAUUGAACACUUACACCUAAAUUUACUGGGAAGGUGAAAAUAAAGCUGUGGCUUUCCCCACGGCUGGGACUGUCCAGGCUGCUGUCCACAUUGGUUCCCACACCUUCCCCACACUGUAACCCAGUCCCCACACCCACCCCCACACACCCUUGAGACAGCCCUCUGUGGGGCUCCCUCUGAUCCCCCACAUCAGCUCUGACUCUUCAAGUCCUCUGUCUCUACUUCCAGGGCCACCAGGUCACCCAGGGGGGCUGGAUAAGUCAGAAACAGGCCAGGACCAGGAGCUGUCAUGAGGGCAGCAGGGGUGAGAUAAGCAGGGUGAUGGGGACACUGAUCCCUGGAAGGCCCCUGUGGUGAGCGUGCAGGACCCCACAGUUAAGACUGCAGGCUGACUUGAAUGUCAUGGGGGCAUGGUUGAACAGUCACAGGUUUGGCCAGGACUCUUGCCCUGAGUGCCCCCAAAGGCUUCGUUCAGGAGCACUGGCCUGUAGGGAUCUGUGAAAGAGCCUGAGAGGAAGCACAUUCCUCUGCACACUUGUGGGUGGGCACCUGCUGCAGGCCAGGCCCUUGACUCAGUGCUGGGUGGGAAGACAUGCGUGCUCUGGCGCCACCUACAGGAGGUCUGGGUGGAGCAGUCGCCAUGUAACAGCGCAGGUGGGCUUUCGCUGCCCCAGGCGUCAGCAGCCCCCAAGCACUCAACAAUGCUGAUGAGGAGGAUCUGCUGGUGCCCACCAGGAGUCAGGCCCAGCCUUGGAGGAGCUGCUGCAGGGAAGCAGGAAAGCAGGGAAGGUUCCGCCUAGGAGGAGGAGUAUCAGCCAUGCCCAGAGGGAUGGAGAAUUGAAGAUGGUGGGAGAGCCUUCCAGCAGGAGGGCAUAGCUGGACAGGUCAGCAGGUCCUACGCACAAAGAGCCUGGAAUGCCAGGCUACAGAGGACAGCCAUUUGGCUGCACUAGAGAGAAACUCAACUUAAACAGGCUCAUGUGAUGGAGGAGUCCACAGAACAGCUUCAGGUACAGCAGGAUCCAGGGCCUCACACACUGACCUCAGGAAUGUUCUCAACUUCCUGACCCUUUGUGGGGACAAGAUGGUCCCAACGGUGCCAUUCCACCCGCUCAGGGUCCCCAGGGGAAAGAGCUUUCAAGUGCCACAGCGUUCUAGGACUGCAUCUGAGCCAUCCAGUCUGGAUCAGGUCCACUCCUGAUUCAUUCUUGUGGUCAGCGGCAGGCAGAAUAUACUGACUGUCCAGGCCUGGUCAAAAAUAACCUUCAUUGGGGUUGGGAGUAGGUACUGGAAAGAGCCAGUCCCUAAAAGGUUUGGACUAAGAGUAGAGGAGAGAUGGUUCCUAGGGGCUGCAGUGGCUGUGGGGUAGGGGUCCCUCCCAGGAAGUGAUUGCUGGGCUCAGGUGGGCACAGAAGUGCCUGUGGGAGGCAGGCCCCACCCAGCCAGGAUCCCUGGGGACCAGCAGGUCCAACUCUCCCUUGCCGUUGCAGGCAGGCAUGCCCCAGACACUGAGCACCUCCGACAUGGUCACCCCGGGCAGCCUCAGCCCACCCCCUACUGAGCCCACGGAUGGCGAGCAGGCCAGGCAGCCCCUCCUGGAUGGAGUGCCAUCCUCAGCCUCCCUGGACACCUUAAUCCAGCAACUCGUGCCCACAGCUGACUACUACCCCGAGAAAGCCUACAUCUUCACCUUCCUGCUGAGCUCCCGCCUCUUCAUCGAGCCCCGGGAGCUCCUGGCCCGGGUCUGCCACCUGUGCAUCGAGCAGCAGCAGCUGGACAAGCCGGUGCUGGACAAGGCCCGGGUCCGGAAGUUUGGCCCCAAACUGCUCCAGCUGUUGGCCGAGUGGACAGAGACGUUCCCGCGGGACUUCCAGGAGGAGUCAACCAUCGGCCACCUGAAGGACGUGGUGGGCCGCAUUGCCCCCUGUGACGAGGCCUACCGGAAGAGGGUGCAUCAGCUCCUGCAGGCUUUGCACCAGAAGCUGGCGGCUCUGGGCCAAAGGCCGGAAAGCCUGCUGGGCGCCGACAAGCCCAUCUCCUACAGGACCAAGCCUCCGGCCUCCAUCCACAGGGAGCUCCUGGACAUCUGCAGUGACCCCUACACGCUGGCCCAGCAGCUGACCCACGUGGAGCUGGAACGACUUCAACACAUUGGACCCGAGGAGUUUGUCCAGGCUUUCGUGAACAAGGACCCUCUGGCCAGCACAAAGCCUUGUUUCACUGAGAAGACUAACAACCUGGAGGCUUACGUGAAAUGGUUCAACAGGUUGUGCUACCUCGUGGCUACUGAGAUCUGCAUGCCAGCCAAGAAGAAACAGAGGGCUCAGGUGAUCGAGUUCUUCAUCGACGUGGCCCGUGAGUGCUUCAACAUCGGCAACUUCAACUCCCUGAUGGCCAUCAUCUCUGGCAUGAACAUGAGUCCUGUCUCAAGGCUGAAGAAGACCUGGGCCAAAGUGAAGACGGCCAAGUUUUUCAUCCUCGAGCACCAGAUGGACCCAACAGGGAAUUUCUGCAACUACAGGACAGCCCUGCGCGGGGCAGCCCACCGCUCCCUGACCGCCCACAGCAGCCGGGAGAAGAUCGUCAUUCCCUUCUUCAGCCUGCUCAUCAAAGACAUCUACUUCCUGAACGAGGGCUGUGCCAACCGCCUCCCCAAUGGGCACGUCAACUUUGAGAAAUUUCUGGAGCUGGCCAAGCAAGUUGGAGAGUUCAUUAGGUGGAAACAAGUGGAGUGUCCCUUUGAGCAAGACCCCAGCAUCACCCACUACCUGCACACUGCCCCCAUCUUCAGCGAGGAUGAAAAGCUGAGAAAAUCCAAGAGAAGUUACCUCUGAUGUAUGAGCCCUGACUGGGACCGUCACAGCCUCUCACAGAAGACCUGAGUCUGCCCUCGGCUCCGUCAGACUUCCCUGACAGGGCAUGCUGGUAAUGCAGUCAGCCUCUGGCUCCCUGAAACAAGCGAAAAUAGAGACAGUCUCAGCAAAGAGACAGAACAUGUAAGGAAGAGGCAAGUGGAAAUCGUGUAACUGAAAAAUGCAAUAACUGAAAUAAAAAACCGAGUGGAUGGGUUCAACAGCAGGAUGGAGAGGACAGAGGAAAGAAUCAGUGAGCUGGAAGAUAGAACUAUAGAAAUUAGACAGUCUGAACAAUAGAGGGAAAACAGACUGAACCAGAGCCUCAGGGACCCGUGGGGCUGUAAGAAAAGAUCUAACACUCAUGUCAUCAGAGUCUGGGAAGGAGAGGAAAAUUGGGUAUGGUCGAAAAGUACUUGAAGAAGUAAUGGCUGGAAAGUUCCCAGAUGUGGAAAAGACAUAAACCUACAGAUCUAAGAAGCUGAGUGAAUCCCAAAUUGG